UUAUCGCUGCAACUGCAGCUCAGUCGCGCCUCGGACUCCCUCGGCCGGUGAAAUUAGAGCCUCCCUCCUCGUUGAUUGAAAAAUUUUUUUGAAAAAAUCAAGUCACCGCCGUUCCUAGAUUUGAAACCGUAACUAUGGCGGAUCAAAACAAUGGAGAGAUUCUGAUGCUGGAAGCUCCACCUUCUCAUGCUCGGCCCACCGCUUCGGACGCCGAAAUUAUUGAUGCGUUGCCUUACAUCGACGACGACUACGCCGACCCGAGGGUCAAGGCUGAGGUAGACCGUUUGGUCGAGGAAGAGAUGCGACGCAGCUCUAAAAAGCCCGCUGAUUUUCUUAAAGACUUGCCUCCACCACCCAAGUUCAAUUUUGAGGACUACCCAAUGAUUGCUAGAGAGUAUGAGCGUGUAAGAGCUGGAAGGCCUCCUGUACCUCUUGAUAGGUUGCGGUAUGAAUUAGAAAUGCCACCAAUGAAUAAGAAAAAUGACGAGACCGCAUGGAAACAAUCGCUUCAGAGAGCGCAGCGAUUACUACAAUAUCAGAUGAUCAGGAUGGAAAACCUGGAUUUAUUGUUAAAAUAUGGUCCUGAUGCCUGGAAGCUGCAUAAUCAACGAUUAGAAGUAUACUUGUCAAGAAUGCAAAAAUUAGCUCAGGAGCAGAAUGAAAACAUUGAAAAAGUAAACCGUGAAAGGAAAUAUCAUCAGCAAAACACUGCAUAUGAGCUUAAUGCUUUGUCCACACAAUGGAAGGAACUUUGUCAGAAGAAUAUAGACAUCCAAGCUGCAUGUGCCUCAAUUGAAAACCACAUAAAAGAACUUAGAAGAGAAGCAGCAGAGAGGGGCUGGAACCUGGAUGGUGUUACUGAAAAUGGCCCUAUAUUGCAUUCAGAAUCGUAGAGGUUUCUUGGAAUGCUCAUUCGCGCACAGAUCUCGUAACUACGUUGGUGCUUUCCGGAGCUUCAAAUUGAAGAACGAUUAUGAUCUUAAUCUACAAAUUCUCAUCUUACUUAUUCUACGAUGCUAGGGGAUUUUGGUGGCUCGGAGGGAGACGAUUACCUGAAAAAGGAACAAGAUCCUUCGAUCUUUUGACAUAAAAUUCCCCAUCUGGCUUGCCGCGUAGUGGGAAUAGCACCCUGUCGACAGCUUUCUUAACUAGCGAGUCGCUUCCGAUGCAUUAUGUGUAAUGGAAUUGUUUGUAUGCUAAUGAAAAGUUGUUCCAUGGUUUGUUGAAGUGUUGUUGUUAUUUUUUUUAA